AUGUACUGUCUUGCUUCGUCUGCGUUUCCUUCUUCUUCUUCCCACACUACUCUACUCCGUAACAAGCUCUCACCUUUUCUCUUCCGCCGUAAUCUCACCCACCAAAGUCUGAGACUUCACCGUGGAAAUUUUCAGAUUAGAGCUAUGAGAGCUGUGAUACAGAGAGUCUCAUCUUCCUCCGUCACGGUGGAUGGUAGAAUCGUGUCGGAGAUUGGGCCUGGUCUCUUGGUUUUAAUAGGAAUCCAUGAAUCAGAUACAGAUGCUGACGCAGAUUACAUAUGUCGGAAAGUUUUAAACAUGAGGUUGUUCACUAAUGAAACCACUGGUAGAGGAUGGGACCAAAACGUGAUGCAGAGAGGUUAUGGAGUUUUACUUGUUAGUCAGUUUACGUUGUACGGAUUCUUGAAAGGUAACAAACCUGAUUUUCAUGUUGCAAUGCCGCCUGAGAAGGCAAAACCUUUUUACGCUUCUUUGGUCGAGAGAUUCCAGAGAGCAUAUAAUCCUGAAGCAGUGAAAGAUGGUGUGUUUGGAGCUAUGAUGAAGGUCAAUCUUGUAAACGACGGUCCAGUCACUAUGCAGCUCGACUCACCACAAUCCUCCAAGAAUGAGACCAAGGCAUCAACAAAAUCAUAA